AUGGGCUCUAAAUCCAUUGACAAGUAUCCUUAUAAGAGACAGAAGAGGAGAGGUCAGGAACACAGAGGACAAGGCCGUGUGAAGAAGGAGGCAGAGAUUGGAGUUAUGCAGCCACAAGCCAAAGACUACAUGGGUCUACCAGAAGCUGCGUUCGAUCUGCUCUGCUGCAUUGUUGCAACAAUGGCUGUGGUGGUUGAAGAAGCUGAGUUUUGCGUGUGUUCCAGGCCUCCUUCAUGGCAUGUUCCUUCUCUUGGUUGGCACCAGUGUAACCUUCCUUUCACGUGGAUUGAGACAUAUAAAGAUACAAGGCUGAGAAUAACGAGGCCUGCUCUGCAUUCUGUAGAGACUGAGGAUCUGCAUCGCAGCAGCUCCAAGAGCAGAGUAGCCCUAGCUCCAGUGCCUCGAGGUCCUGAUGCCUGUCAGAUGAAAACCAGAGCGCAGCUCGGCCAGGAUCCCCCACAGAGAACAGUGCUGACUGAUAAUGGGCAGUACAGGAGGACCUGUGGUCAGGGGAUCACAACAAUCAGGUGUUUCUCUGGAUCAGAAAAUGUCUUCCCUCCAGCUGGAAAGAAAGUGCUCUCAGUCCAGGAGCCAGUCAAGCAAGGAUUUGCAUGCUACCUGGAUGAGUCUGAGAAGAGGGACAGAGACAGCUGUACAGGGAAAGAGGAGAUGACAUUUGAGGUUGUGUAUGAGGUAGACACCAGCACACUCAAGUCAGACCUUCACUUCCUGCUGGAUUUUAACACAGUUUCCCCAGUGGUGGUAGAUUCAUCUCUCCAUUCCCAGUCUGAAGAUGCAUCAGAUUUUGGUACAGAUGUGAUAAAUGUGACUGAAUAUGCUGAAGAAAUUCAUCAGUACCUUAGAGAAGCUGAAAUAAGACACAGGCCUGAAGCACACUGCAUGAGGAAGCAACCAGACAUCACAGAAGGCAUGUGAACUAUUCUGGUGGACUGGCUUGUUGAGGUCGGCGAAGAGUAUAAGCUUCGAACAGAGACUCUCUAUCUGGCUAUCAACUUCCUGGACAGGUUUCUUUCAUGCAUGUCUAUUCUGAGAGGGAAAUUGCAGCUUGUAGGCACAGCAGCUAUUCUUCUGGCUUCGAAAUAUGAAGAAAUAUAUCCACCUGAAGUAGACGAGUUUGUCUACAUAACUGAUGAUACUUACACAAAACGCCAACUGCUAAGAAUGGAACAUCUGCUCCUGAAAGUCCUGGCUUUCGAUCUCACAGUGCCAACCACCAACCAGUUUCUCCUUCAGUACUUAAGGAGACAAGGAGUGUGCGUCAGAACUGAGAAUCUGGCCAAGUAUGUAGCAGAACUGAGUCUUCCUGAAGCUGACCCAUUCUUGAAAUAUCUUCCUUCAUUGAUAGCUGCAGCAGCUUAUUGCCUGGCCAACUCUACUGUGAACACACACUUCUGGCCAGAAACCCUUGCUGCAUUUACAGGCUCUUCAUUAAAUGAAAUCGUGCCUUGCCUGAGCGAGCUGCAUAAAGCAUGCCUUGAUAUAGCCCAUCGAUCACAGCAAGAAAUUAGGGGGAAGUGUAAGGCUUCAAAGUACAUGCACGUGUCUCUGAUGGAACCACCUGCAGUUCUCUCUCUGCAGUAA